AGAGAGAGAGAGAGAGGAGAUUACCCUUAUCUUUUCAUUAUCCCACUUGAUAAGAACCUUCAGAGAGACAGACACAGAAACAGAGAGCUCUCACAGAGCUCCGGGUUCUGUUCUUGCUCACCAUACCGCCAGACGCUGACUUCUGAAGAGUAGAUGAGCUCCCCAGCACCAGUCCUCUGUUUAUAUAGAUAUAGAUGUCGACCACAUUCUGCAGUGUCAACAACUUCUUAUGGCCUAAUGGCGUGAACAAACAGGGCUACAAUAGAAGGUCUUGUGCUGGUUCCUUAGAAUCUUCUUCGAACCGAGGGACUACCGGUUUUUUCGGUAGAAGUUGUAGGAGACAGCUGAACUGGACAAAUGAAAUGCCAGUGGAAGUCUGGAGACAAACCAAAUGCCAAGUUUUGGGAUCUGAAGUUGUUCCCUCUGACUCUGCUUAUGCACCGGACGAAGAAGAUGAGAUUCCGAGGGCAACCUUGAUAUGGAGGGCAGUCAAGUUACCGAUAUAUUCGGUAGCCUUGAUUCCUUUAACAGUAGGAAGUGCAUCUGCCUAUCUGCAGACAGGAAUAUUUGCGGCGAGACGGUAUUUUCUACUCUUGGCUUCAUCUGUUCUUAUCAUCACUUGGCUCAACUUAAGCAAUGACGUCUACGACUUUGACACGGGAGCAGACAAAAACAAGAAGGAAUCGGUCGUAAACUUGGUUGGCAGCCGUACAGGGACCUUUAUUGCAGCGUCACUGAUGCUCAUCCUUGGCUUCACGGGCCUGACGUGGGCUUCAGUGGAAGCAGGAAGCAUCCGUUCGAUUUUGUUAUUGGCUGCUGCAAUAGUGUGCGGUUAUAUAUACCAGUGCCCACCGUUUCGGCUAAGCUACCAUGGAUUGGGAGAGCCAUUGUGCUUUGCAGCAUUUGGCCCAUUUGCUACCACUGCAUUUUACUUCUCACAAGGAAGCGCUAGUGACCCGAGCUAUCUUCCACUGAGCGGCACAAUUCUAUGUGCUUCUGUUCUUGUUGGUUUCAUCACGUCUCUAAUCCUCUUCUGCAGUCACUUUCAUCAGGUGGAUGAAGAUGCUGCCGUGGGAAAAAUAUCUCCUCUGGUAAUUCUCGGGACUGAAAAAGGAUCGAAAGCAGUGAAAGCAGUGGUCGUGGCACUGUAUGCCCUUCUUGUAGCUUUUGGCCUUAGUGGAAGUCUUCCUCUACCUUGCAUUUUCCUCUGUGCCCUCACCUUACCAAUGGGAAAUCGGAUUGUCAGUUUUGUUGAAGAGAACCAUGAGGACAAACGGUUGAUCUUCAUGGCAAAGUACUACUGUGUGAGACUGCAUACACUAUUUGGAGCGGCUUUGGCUGUUGGACUUGUAGUAGCUCGAAAGAUCGGCAUAAGAUGAACUUCGUUGCUUCUCUGUGAUCCAGUGGUUUUUUAUUCUAUUCAUAUUGCAAGCAGAGAUCCGUCGAAAUGGAAAUUUUCAUGUGGUGGACAAGAUGCGAGGAAGUCUUCUACUCAGACUCUGGCUGUGAUCGGAUUCCCGGCAUAUGCAACAAAGAAAAUUCCAUCUGUAACCUAUUAACAUUUGUUGUAUUAUCUAAAACUAUGAACUUCAGACAACACAUCAAUUAGUGUUGGUUCCAAUGGAGUGCUCCUGUAUCGAUUAACCUUGUCAUGCGUUUUUAUCGAAAGGAACGGCUUUGCUGCAAA